AUGCUGCUCUUGCUGGCGGCGGCUGCCUCGGUGGUGGUGAACCUCACUAACGACAGUAAGCGUGAGGAGGCCUUGUCCUACACAACCAGCGUGGCGAUUCUGGUCCUUGUCCUCAUCAAUGCCAGCAUCACGUCCUACACCGAGCACCAGGCAGGCAAUGCACUGGAUGCCUUGGCGAAGCUCUCGCAAGCCGAGGUCUCGGUGCUGCGCGACGGCAAACCAGUUCGCCUCCCGACAGUAGAGGUGGUCCGCGGGGACGUCGUCGUUUUGGAGACAGGCGACGUGGUCCCGGCGGACGUGAGGCUUCUGUCGACAAGCGACUUGAAAGUCGACGAGAAGGCUCUUACCGGCGAGCCUGAGGACGUGCCCAAGAACACCAAGAUCAAGGAGCAAACGAAGCUGACACCUGAGAACAUGGCCUUCUCGGGGUGUCCCGUCGCGAGCGGGCGAUGCAGCGGCGUGGUAGUGGCGACCGGUAUGGACACGCGGAUCGGCGAAAUCGCCCAAAUGAUGGCGAAGGAGGAUGACGAUGCAGGAAGAUGCAGCUGUGGCUCAACGAGCAGCAAGACCCCACUCCAGGAGAACGUGGAGAGGCUGGGCGCUCGUAUUGGCAUGGCUGCGAUCGUCAUGGCCUCCGCCGUCUUCAUCGCGGGGGUGGGCAUCGGUACGAAGGAUCCCGAGUUCCCGGACAGCCCGAGCUG